CGUGCUGGAGCCGCUGCCCCCACCACCCCUCUCCGCCGCGGCUCCGCGUCUUCCGAUGCCAUUUCCAUCGCCACCGCACCGCCUCGCCAAUUCACGUUGUUGGAGUCGCGGCCACUCAAUUUCUUGCAAACCUCAAACUAUUUAUGUUCUAUAAACUAGCAUUCUAGAUGAAUUUGCCCGCGUCUGCAUGAUCAAUGGCAUUAUCCCAUCUGCAAUGGAUACUCACACAGUACAUUUUGUAUUAUAUAAUCAGACUAAAGAUUUUGCUGUUCCAAGGAGGAAUGCAAUGGCAUUGAUCUUUUCAAGUUAUAUCUUGUCAAGGGUUGAUCUACACGACAUUGCAUUUGCUCAACAAUCCGUUGUGUUCAGGGAAUACAUAGAUACUUUUGAUGGCUAUUCAUUCAAGUACCCACAAAACUGGAUUCAAGUCCGAGGUGCUGGUGCAGACAUAUUCUUCAGGGACCCUUUUGUUCUUGAUGAAAAUCUUUCUGUGGAGUUAUCCUCUCCUUCAUCUUCUAGUUACAAGAGCGUGGAAGAUUUGGGUUCUCCACAAGAAGCUGGAGAGAAAGUACUUAGGCAGUAUUUGACAGAGUUUAUGUCUACCCGGCUUGGUGUUAGGCGUGAAUCAAAUAUUCUUUCUACGUCUUCGAGAGUAGCUGAUGAUGGAAGAAUGUAUUAUCAAGUUGAGGUAAAUAUAAAGUCGUACGCAAACAACAAUGAAUUAGCUGUGAUGCCAGAGGAUCGAGUAGUGCGUUUGGAGUGGGAUCGGCGUUACCUUUCUGUUCUUGGAGUUGAAAACAGGCAAUUGUAUGAAUUGAGAUUACAAACACCCGAAAAUGUAUUUGCAGAGGAGGAAAGUGAUCUUCGCCGAGUUAUGGAUUCUUUCAGAGUGAACAAAGUAGCUGGUUGAUCCAUUAGAAAAUUUGGAAGCUUUUCCACGCGUUUUGUAAUUCCAGAUUUUGUUUCUCUCCUUUUAUUGUUUUCCAACUUGCAGUUGUUGCUUUAUUAGCAGCAAUAAUUUGAGUUAUAUAUUGUAUGGUUUGUAGUAUUACUUUUUCUUC